AUGGCAGAAGCGGUGCUCUUCAACCUUGCCACCGACAUACUGAAACUCGCUAGUUCCAUCACUUUUUCGAAGAUCCAACUUGUACGAGGUGCGAGGGAUGAGCUCGACAGUCUUAAGGACACCGUCGAGACCAUCCGAGCUGUGCUUUUGGAUGCCGAGAAGCAGCAAUGGCACAACCACCAGCUCAAGCACUGGCUCGGGAGGCUCAAGGACGUGUUGUACGACGUACAGGACUUGCUCGAUGAUGUCGCAACCGAAGAUCUAAUGCGGAAGGUCACUCCUGGCAACAAGGUGUCAAAAGCGGUACGCAUUUUCUUCUCUAAAUCAAAUCCACUUGCACAUCGCCUCAAAGUGGCUAAUGAGAUUCGGGAACUUAAGAAGAGACUAGAUCGGAUUGCAAAUGAUAAGAAGUUCCAUUUAGAGCAGCAUCUGAGUGAGGAAACAAUGACCAUUGUAAGAGGAAAGAAACCUGAAAUUUCCAUACCUGACGAACAAAUAAUUGGUAGGGGAAAGGACAAAGAAAAGAUCAAACAACUUUUGUUUGACUCCUCCUCUAGCAAUACUGUGUCAUUUGUUUCCAUAGUUGGUAAAGGAGGUCUUGGAAAAACUGCACUUGCACAACUUGUGUUCAACGAUGGGGAGGUGGAAAACCAUUUCAAUCUUAAGAUGUGGGUGUGUGUAUCUGAUGUCUUUGAUGUGAAUUUGAUUAUCAAAGAAAUUCUUGAAUCAACAACCAGUCAUGAUCAUGAGAAUAAGCUCUUACAUCAAUUGCAAACUCUUCUUCGUAAGACUCUAGACAAGAAGAAAUACUUGCUUGUUUUGGAUGACAUGUGGAAUGAAAGUCGGCUCAAAUGGUUGGAGCUUGGAGCUUGGCUAGAGGGUGGUGAACAAAGAAGCAAGAUACUUGUAACCACUCGCAGCCACAAAGUUGCGAAGGUCAUGGAUGCAAAAUCAGUUAUCCAUGUUCUACAUGGCUUACCUGAAGAUAAGUCAUGGAACUUAUUUAGGAAAAUGGCUUUUGGAGAUGGGACAAAAUCAUUAGAUCCGGAAUUGGAGAAGAUAGGACAAGAUAUGGUUAAAAAAUGCGCCGGGGUUCCCCUUGCCAUUAGAACUAUAGGAUGCCUUUUGUAUGGCAAAGAGAAAGAUUUAUGGCUCCGUUACAAAGGGCGUGAACUUCCGGAAAUACUAGAAUUUGAUGAGAAUGAUGGUGGAAUUUUGCAAGUCCUCAAGUUUAGUUACGAUCAUCUCCCAUCAAGCUUGAAACAUUGUUUUGCAUAUUGCUCAUUAUUUCCAAAAAAUCAUGUCUACAAGAAAGAAGUGAUGAUAAAUCUUUGGGUGGCACAAGGCUUUAUUGAGUCACAAAAUGGAGAGGAUAACCUAGAAGAGGUCGCCGAAAAUUACUUGUCAGAACUACUAUGUAGGUCAUUCCUCGAUGCUACAAAAACAAAAGGCGACAAUGGGGAGGUCCUAUAUUUCCAGAUGCAUGAUCUCAUGCAUGAUCUUGCCCAAAAAGUUGCUGGAGGUGAAUGCAAGAUUGUCAAUUUUAAAGGAGGAGAUAAUGAUAGAGGAAUUCGACAUGCAUUGUUUAUUUCAGAGAAUUUCUCUAAAGAGAGAAUGGUCUCCUUGAUCAAAACAUCUAAAUUGCGAACAUGUCUCUAUUUGGAAGAAUUUGCCAGAUUCAAUCAUAGAUUUGGUGAACUUGCAGAGUCUUAUACUCUUUGA